UGGGAUCGGCUCAUUCAACAUCUUCACGCUAGCAUUAUGAAAGCUGAGAGUUCGAAAGCCACCAAGAGACGUCUGUCUCCAGCAACUCUCGAGCUGAUAUGCCCGCGCGGAAUCGCACGAGCUGCAGGCAACCGCGAACCCAAGCGGAACAUACAAAAGAUACAGCAAAAAAGUCUAUGUAGCGAAAACAUUCGGUGCUUUAAAACUCUUGCAGCAUGGCUACUGCCAUCUAUAUUUGCUGCGUUUUUCUACUACUGUGUGUGUAAAGCCGUUUGGAUGUCUCGAUCGAAAUCACAACCACAUCAACUAAUAAAUAACUUGAAGUUAAAAAAGAGUGAUGUCACACAAGACUACAUUAAUCGAAUGAGGAAGAAAUCACACGGUCAUCGUCGACAAAAUACAGUACGAUCUAAAGGGCUGCGACUGACAAUGACUAUUAUUGCCAACAAUUUCUUCUUGUGGAUGCCAUUCUGCCUUGUGAACAUGAUCCAGGCUUUCAAGCUUACCGUGUUAAUGUUUACGUUUACGAUGCUCGGCAAUCUAAACUACUGCGCGAACCCAUGGCUUUAUAUAUUAUUCAACUGCUCGAAAGCAUCUAAAGCUCUAUGUGGUUUUCGACGAAUGGGUUUUAAUUUUUUUCGCAAUUACGGUGCAAAAACGAUGCUUUUUCUUCUUUUUAUCAUUUGCAUAACUUACAACAGUUUGCUCGAAAAAACUACAAAGACCCACAGCGCGAGGGCGAAGAGCUCUGCCAACCUGUUCGAGUCAACUGGCUCUGAAGAAAACCUAAACGUCCUCAAAUUGUUAGCGGAAUAA